UAAAAACUCACUUAAAACCUGCCACAAGGAUUCAGUAGUAUAAAUAAUGACUCUAGAGUACACAUAAUCAUAGAAUAAUAAUAAUAGAAGCAGCCAAACAUAUCAAAUUGUUUAAAUGUCAAUUUUAUGAAAUAUUAAUAAAAAUUCAAGAAAGUUACCAGGAUUUUAAAUUUCAUAUCUUUGUCUUAUCAUUGUGGAAAUUGUCUAUAAUUUAAAGAAACAGUAGAAGAAUUAAUAAUCUUAAAACAAUGUCUAGAUUAUGAGUCUCUUUUCUGCCAGAUACUCGGUUGAUCGGCAUACUGAUAUGGACCGCAUUUUCAGUAUCAACUCAGAAAAUGGCUCUAUUUUCACUUUGAAGCCCCUCGACCGGGAAUCAUCCCCUUGGCACAACAUCACUGUAACAGCCACAGAAAUAAAUAACCCAAAACAAAGUAGUCAUAUUUCUGUCUUCAUCAGAAUUCUAGAUAUAAAUGACCACGCUCCGGAAUUUGCCAUGUACUAUGAAACAUUUGUUUGUGAAAAUGCAAAACCUGGUCAGCUGAUUCAGACUGUCAGCGUCAUGGAUAAGGAUGACCCUCCCCGGGGUCACAAAUUCUUCUUUGAACCAGUGCCAGAAUUUCCUCUCAAUCCAAACUUUACCAUUGUAGACAAUAAAGAUAAUACAGCAGGAAUCAUGACUCGAAAAGACGGAUACAGUCGCAACAAAAUGAGCACCUAUCUACUGCCGAUUUUAAUCUUUGACAAUGAUUAUCCGAUUCAAAGCAGCACUGGCACGCUCACCAUCCGUGUGUGUGCCUGCGAUAAUCAAGGCAACAUGCAGUCCUGCACGGCAGAGGCCCUCAUCCUCUCGGCUGGCCUGAGCACAGGAGCUCUCAUCGCGAUCCUGCUCUGUGUCCUCAUACUGCUUAUUUUAGUCGUGCUGUUUGCUGCCUUGAAGCGGCAAAGAAAAAAGGAACCUCUGAUAAUUUCAAAAGACGAUGUUCGGGACAACAUCGUGACCUACAAUGAUGAAGGCGGUGGGGAAGAAGAUACCCAAGCUUUCGACAUUGGUACUCUGAGGAAUCCAGAAGCAAGAGAAGACAGUAAACUUAGACGGGACGUAAUGCCUGAAACUAUUUUUCAGAUAAGGAGGACUGUGCCUCUGUGGGAAAAUAUCGAUGUACAAGAUUUUAUCCAUCGAAGACUAAAAGAAAACGAUGCAGACCCAAGCGCGCCUCCUUACGAUUCACUGGCAACAUAUGCCUAUGAAGGGAAUGAUUCCAUAGCAGAUUCGCUCAGUUCCUUGGAAUCUCUCACAGCUGAUUGUAACCAAGAUUAUGAUUACCUCAGUGACUGGGGGCCUCGUUUUAAAAAACUUGCUGAUAUGUAUGGGGGUGAUGAUAGUGACAGAGAUUAAGAGUAUUGUAUGACUUGAUCUAUAUUAGUGGAAGUGCUGUCUAUGUUACUAGAUUGAGUGGCCUGCAUUCUCUUCCUUGGAGGAAAUUUUUCAAAAAUCGAAAUUACAAACAAUACAUAGGUGUUGUCUUAGUAAGGGUUUGCUUAAUCAGUAAGUUUUCGUGAAUGAAUACGAAUGACAUAGAUUUUUUUAUAAAAGUAAUAAUAACCAGUUCACCCUCCUUGCCUAACAAUCUCUGAAGGAAAGUAUAUCAAAUCAAUAAUCAAUACAAAUAUUGAAAAGGCCUUUUGUGCCUUUUAUUAGGUAUAAGAACUUUAUAAAUGAUUUCUUAACUGACUUUCAGUCACCUUUACUAUUAAAUAAAAGUUGUGCAACUGCUUUGUAAAUUAAUAUGAAAAAGAUAUAUCCUUAAUGAAAUAGGAAUG